AUGGCGGGCUCAAUGCAUCUGUCGCGACUCCGGAACUGGUUCCUCGCCUCGCCGCCCAUCGAGUUCGCCAUCUCCAGCCUCAAGGAGCUGCUCGUCGGUGCCCUGCGCCAGGGCCCCAUCCCGCAACAUGUCGCCUUUGUCAUGGACGGAAAUCGACGGUUUGCGCGAUCGCACGGGAUCGAGACGGUGGAGGGCCAUAAUCUGGGAUUUGAGGCAUUGGCAAGGAUCCUCGAGGUCUGCUACAAGAGCGGAGUCAAAGUCGUGACGAUAUACGCGUUCAGCAUCGAAAAUUUCAAACGGUCCAAGUUCGAGGUCGAUGCGCUGAUGGAGAUGGCCAAGGUGAAGCUGUCGGAGAUGGCCCAACAUGGCGACCUGCUCGAUCGGUACGGUGCGAGAAUUCGCGUUCUGGGCCGGCUCGAGCUGCUCAAGCCUGAUGUCCUGGCGGCUGUCAACAAGGCCGUCGAGAUGACUAGUCGCAAUGGUGACCGCGUCCUCAAUAUCUGCUUCCCUUAUACCUCCCGCGACGAGAUCACCGGCGCCAUUCGCGAUACGGUGGAGGAUUACAGCACGCCGCUGUGGGCUACGAAACCGGCUGGCGUUACGGCGCGCGCGCCUUUCUCGGAAUCGCAUAUUGCGUUGAAUAUCCGGGCGCAGACAACGGGUUCGGGCAAAAUACUUGAUUCGCAUAGUGACUCCGGGUCGACCUCGGAGUCUUCGACGCAGGAGGAGGAUCCGAUCCUGCGCAACGACCGUUCCCAACGAGUCUACGAGUCCGAGUCCUCCUUUUCGUCCUCUACAACACUGCAUCUAGGAGGCCAGCAAGAGGGACAGCAUCAACAACAACAGUCCCACAAAAACACAUCACAAGCCAACCCUUCCUCCUCCGAAACAGAAAACCCCGUCUAUCUUUCCCCCGAGACCAUCACCCGCCAAACCCUCUCCGACCACAUGCUGACCAAGGGCACUCCACCACUGGACAUGCUGAUCCGCACAUCGGGCGUGGAGCGACUCAGCGACUUCAUGCUCUGGCAAUGCCACGACAAAACCGAGAUCGUGUUUCUGAAGGUGAUGUGGCCCGAGUUCGACCUAUGGCAUUUCCUGCCCGUCAUGCUGGCCUGGCAACGGCGCAUUUCCAAGUCCCGCCAGAACCCGGACGCCGAAGGCAACUUUGCCGGCGAUAGUCCGGAGUCGACGAGUGAGGAGGAUUCGGAUGCAGUUCUGUUGCGGCAGGGGAAGGUCAAGGCUGUUUAG